AUGCCACGAGUCCAAAAACGAGUUGCCGUUAUUGGCGCGGGGCCUGCAGGUGCCAUUGUCACUGAUGCACUCGUCAAAGAAGAGACAUUUGAUGUAAUCAGGGUCUUUGAACGUCAGCCCGCCAUUGGGGGGGACUUGCCCGAGAGGAAGUCAAAGAUUCCAUCUCUAGGAGCCCUCCAAGAAAGGAAAGUCGACAGGCCUGUUCCGAUACCACCGGAUCUCCCGUGCUUCACACCUGCCAGUGAAGAUAUCAAUUCACACACAGAGAGAUUCUCAGAUACAUGA